AUGUCUUCAAAGAGUUGGGGGCAGUGGCUGAAAGUGGCCAAGAAGCAGUUGCGACAUCUGGGGCGCACUAUCGAUCAGGAGCUUGGAAAUGUCCUGGAACGGCAGCUGCCUUCCCGGAGUGGCACGAUGGCUAAGAUUAGGGUUCCAAUUAGAAGUACCCCGGCAAGGUUCCCUGUGAGAGGCAGCAAUUACAGAAAUUUCCAUCAGGUUGCUGGCUCUGCUGUUAAGAAUGACCGUGUGCGGCUGACAAGCAACAUCUCAUCGGUGUCCGUGGUCAGGUUGUUCUCUUCCGGUUCAAAAUUCCCCAGGGGAACGCCUCGCGGCCUUUUCACCAAUUGGAAUAUUGCCAAUGCAAGAUUCUCAGGCAGAAUGUACUCUACCGCAAGCAUCAAGUUCACUCAUGAAGCUGUCAGCAACUUGUCGUUGUCCUUGCGGUGCUUCUUCAAUGCACUCGAUGGAAGCGUGCUGGCUCAAGGUGAUGGGAAGCAUGCUGGCUCGAAGCCGCUUGCAUCAAGCCUUGAGUCUACGGCAAGGCUCUCGAGGAAAGACAUCUCUUUGAUUCGCGAUAUGGAGGUGUUCGAGAUGAUCAGGAACCACAAAGCCGACUGCUUGUAUUCGGGAUCGGAGAGAGUCGGCUGCUACAUAGAAUUUGCAAUGCCUGACUUUAGGCUGAAGAAUAUCCUUCCCUCGGUCAGCUUUGCGGACCCAUCGACUCUGGAUGUGUUGAAUCAGGAAGUUUCAAAUUACACCACUAAGCUCAAGGAUAUCGAGUCUGCGGUCCGACGAGUUUGUGACAGUUAUGGAGCCUUGCCUGUGAGCUUGGAAGCGAAUCGACUGCGCAUCCAUUUCCCCAAUCUAACAAUGCUCGAAGCUGAAAAACGGGUUACUGAACUUGGUGUGACAUUGGGCAGUAUUCACCCUGAAGAGUUUCAGUCAAGAGACGCUUGCGGUGGACGAAACAUAUUGUCCAGCUUCAACUCGGUCGCCGACUUGCCCAAUUCGGCACUGGAUUACUCUCCAGUGCUCUCCGAAUCGUCUUCUUCCUGGGCGAAUUACGAGAUUGUUUAG